GCAUGUGACCCAUCACGUGACGAGAGGACAUAAUUAACUAAGGAAACAAGGUUAACAGUGGCCAUAAGAAAGUUUUGAGAAAGAGUUGAGAGUUUGCAGUGAGAGAAAGAGAAGAAGGAAAUGGUUUGAGUGAAGGGAAAGACAAAACAGGGGCGAUCCGUAACUUACGUUCUCGUUAUAGUUAAACAUCGCACGCUGUUCCCAACUUCUCUCUCUCUCUCUCUCUCUCUCUCUCUCUCUCUCUCUAUAACUUCCUAUUCCCUGUAAAUGCUUUUUCCUUCACACUUCCAAUCACACCUUCUCUCGUCUUCAGGUUGUAGCUGCAGGCUGAAGAAUUCCCAGUCUAGUAUUUUUCUCAGUUUUCAUUAUUGAAGUCAGAUGAGGGCAGGAUCCAUGAUUUUUUCGUUAGUGCAAGUACCUAGGUGUAGAAUACAUCGCUUAGCAAAUUAUUGGGGUGAAACCUUUCAUAGUUUGAGUAAGACUUGUGGAAACAAUUCUAGUGUUAGGCUGCUUAGUUCUAGAAUUUAUGGGCUUCAAGGAGGGCAGAAAAGGAAGUGGACUCGAAGACCUAUAACCACAAAUACAGAAGGCACUGGGAGCACCAAAUCAAGAAGUACCAAGCAUGAAAUUUUGAGUGAACCUAUUUUAAAAACUUUUACAGAAAAUGUAAAUAAAGAACAGGUAGUUGAAUUCGACAAUGUUCAAUACUGUAACUUACAACAAGAGAUUGCCCAGAAUAAAGACUUGUCUAGCUUAGUCACAGUCAUUACUUUUGAUAUUGAAACCACUGGAUUCAGCAGAGAAAAUGACCGGAUCAUUGAGAUUGCACUUCGAGACCUUCAGGGUGGUGAGAACAGCACAUUCCAAACUCUUGUAAAUCCUGAACGCUGUGUUCCUAAUUCACACAUUCAUCACAUUACUACUCAUAUGGUGAACAGACCUGAGGUUCCAAGGAUGGAAGAACUGAUUCCCAUCUUAUUGCAAUUUGUUCGAAGCCGUCAGAAACCUAGGGGAUAUGUGUUAUGGGUUGCUCAUAAUGGUCGCGCUUUCGACUUUCCUUUCAUCAUGAACGAAUUUAGGCGACAUUCUACAGAGAUUCCUCCUAAUUGGCUGUUUGUAGACACCCUUCUUUUAGCACGAGAACUCAUGAAGGCCAGAGGAACAAAAUCAACCUCAAUAUCCCUUGGUACAUUGUGUGAGCACUACAGAAUCAAUGUUGAUGGCCAAGCUCAUAGGGCUAUGGUAGAUGCUAACACAUUGGCUCUGGUACUUCGUAGGUUAACCGGUGAUCUGAAGUUGACCCUCUCUGACCUUGUUAAAAGAUCAUUCACAGCAUUCGAUAUUAUCAACUCCAAGAAGAAAAAGAAUUCAGAUUAGUUACACAGUACUUUGCAGUUGUUGUAACGCAAAAAAAUUAUUUGUACCCAAAAAUGGGGCUGGAAUUUGUAUUUUAAGGUGAAAAGAAACAUUGUAAUUGUUAUCUUAUUAUUCU